AUGGCCAAGCUAGCGUCGGAUCCAAACGCCUCCAACAACAACAGCUGCGAGGCGGCUAACAACAACCACAAUGGCCAGAACCAGAGCCAAAACGGAGACGCCUCCAAUUACCAGGCGCUGCCUCUCACGCCUGCUCCGGCCAACACGCCACUCCACAAGGCCAUCAAGCACGACCUCUUCCCGGAGGUCACGUUCUGCAACCUCUCCGUAGAGGAACUCACGGAUGGUGCGGGACACAGCCGUGUGGUAAGGAGCAGUGUCAUCGAACUGGAGGACGGCACCAUGACGUGCCUGAUGAACGGAAACGGGCAGGUGAAGCGGCGCAAACGCCUGAUCUCGAACGAGUCCGGCGACUCGAUCGACUCCAGUUCCACGGAGAAGAAAACGCCCAAGAUGCCCGACGGUGGGUAUGGGUGGGUCGUGGUGUUCGCCUCUCUGGUCGUGUCCCUUAUAGCCGACGGACUGAGCUUCUCAUUCGGCCUAAUAAACGUGGAACUGCUGGACUACUUCGGAGAGUCCACUUCCAAGACAGCCUGGAUAUCCUCGCUAUUCUUCUCCGUGCCCCUGCUGAUGGGACCCAUCUGGUCCAACCUGGUGGACAAGUACGGCUGCCGAAAGAUGACCAUCCUCGGUGGUGUGGUCUCUGCCUUUGGGUUUGCGCUGUCUUCGUUCUGCAACUCAAUCGAGAUGCUCAUGGUGACCUUUGGUAUCAUCUCGGGACUGGGCUUAGGCAUCGGGUACGUGACCGCGGUGGUGUCCAUUGCAUUCUGGUUCGACAAGAAGCGCACCUUCGCCACCGGCAUCGGAGCAUCGGGCACCGGCAUUGGGACCUUUGUCUACGCCCGCCUAACUUCCUAUCUAAUCGAAUCGUACGGCUGGCGCGGAGCCACUCUAAUCCUUGGCGGCACCAUGCUCAACGCAUGCGUUUGCGGCGCCCUGAUGCGCGAUCCCGACUGGCUGAUCGAGGAAAACCGACUAGAGAGUCGAUCCCAAAGCGUCACCACCUUCUCCAACUCCAGUGUCUGCCUGGAGGAAAUUAAAAAGCUGCUGGACACCGGCAUCACAAAGGAGGCUGUGCUAGACUCGUUGGUGACCAAGAAUAACACGGAGGCCAACCAGCAGAUUGACGAUCCAUUGGACUCCGCCCUCAAGCGCUACCGCAGCGAGAUCUUCUUGCCCACCUUCCUGAGCACUCAGGAGCUCGACAGCAUCUGCGAGGUUAAGAGCCUGAGCCGACGCUCCCUACGCCACAAGGAGGGUGCGGAGGCGCCGUCACGCGAGAACCUGCUGUCCAUGUCCUCGGGAGCAGGUGCCUAUCCCCCAUCGACUGCCGUGAUAGGCUCGCCCGAUGAUACCCUAAUGGGCGGAAUAGCUCAAGAGGCGGCAGAGGAAGCUAAGAAGGCUUACCUGGCCUCCAUCGAGACGCUGUCUCCAUCGGAAAAACGCUCCACUGGUGGGACUCCCAAUGGCUCCCUCCGCUCCUCGGACGAAGGCUACCUCACGCAGAAGCACGCCAGCUCCCGGUAUUCGCUUAACGAAAACAUCUUCAUGGCCAAGCAUACAACACCAUCAAUCUCCAACCUAAAGGUGAAUGGCCUGCGACACAAUUCGGUGGACAUCUUGAGCGAGGACAUGCACUGCUACUACUCGAAGGACGAAACCUUCGCGUUGCUGGAGCCGAACAGGCGCAUCAGGCCCACCGUCAUCGCCAUUCCGGAACAGGAGCAAUCGGUGAACAGCGAGCUGGCCACCCGUCGCGCCCGCCUGGACAGCAUCACGGGAAUCCGCCGGCUGUCGCGCUCCAAAAAGCCCAGCCACCACCGAUCCAACCUCCGCCGCAACAUCUCGAUCCGGAACUCAAACUUCCUCAAGGACAUGCGCAUUCACCGCAACUCUAUCCACUACCGCGGGGCCAUGCUGAACACGCACCGCUACCGGCUGCGCGCCUCCUCCUGCCCCAACAUCUACCGCAACUCGAUGACCACCAUCGCCAAAGAGGAGGAAGAUACCUGGUAUGACAACUUCGUGGACACCAUGAAGUCCAUCUUUGACUUUUCCCUCUUUCUGGACAUGAAGUUCGCCCUCUUCAAUCUCUCCACAUUGUUUUUGUUCAUUUGGUUCAUUAUCCCCUAUCUGUACCUUCCCGAUUACAUGAAGCAAUACAAGUACGACGUGAGCCAGAGUGCCGAGUUGAUUUCGGAUGUCGGCAUUGCCCAAACGGUGGGCAUGAUAGGACUUGGCUAUCUGGGGGAUCUGCCCUGGAUGAACAUCAACAUAUGCUACUCGCUGUGCAUGCUGGUCUGUGGAGCUUCAGUGUUCUUCAUGCCCCUGCUGAUUACCAACUACAUGGGCCUGAUGGCCAUGUGCGUUAUUUUCGGAUUUACGUUCGCCAGCUCUUUUUCGUUUACGCCCAGCAUUCUGGUCAGUAUUGUGGAUCUGGACGAUUUCACGUGUGCCUACGGUCUGGUGCUGCUGGUUCAGGGAGUAGGAAUGAUCGCAGGACCCCCUAUUGCAGGCGUCAUAUACGAGUAUACGGGCAGAUGGGAUGACACCUUCUAUUAUGCUGGAAUAUUUAUCGCACUCUCCGGUGUCUGUUCGUAUCUGAUCGAGUUCUGUGAGAAGAAAGCACCUAAGGAGAGUGAUAGUGAUGUCUUAGAGACUAAAAAAGCUCAACUUUUACACUAGGUUACUUACAUUGCACUGUUGAACGCCGCAAGUAGAAGGCAACUGGAGGUACUACCAAUCCGAACUGUAGCAUAAUAAUGGACUAGCAUUAAAUGUUAACGAGUUUCUUAUGUCAAAUGGUGUUGCAGCCAUAAAAUCAGAGCAGAAUUGUAACUGAAACUAAGCCUAUUCCUAAGCUCUAGCCCGUAAGACUAUACUUGACUUGACUAAUCGUAGCUAAGUAUCAAUAUACACCUAACAUAUACUUACCGCACUAGGGCAAUUACUAACCGCAUCUUGUACUCAUGUCUAGACAAACUGUUCAAUUUCAAUCAAUAUCAAUGCAGUGCAUCACUGCCAGGUGCAAACGGGUCCCUCAAUUGUCUUCUUUACAAAAUUUAGAAAAAUAGUUUUAAUUGCCUUACAUUUCGUACGAAUAUUAAUUAAAGGGAAUACAAUAAACAACAAUCUAUGUAACGUAUGCAAUAACAAGCGACCAUUUUCAAUCAAUCUAAAACUCACAAUAAAAUCUUUGGAGCAUUUGUUUGUACAUCAGACGUCACGGAUCCGAAAAGUUUCAAAUUAAAAAAAUCAACUGAGCAAAUUAGGGUAUACAAAAUAGUUAAUGUUGGAGCGAAAAACCUGUUUUUGCAAUUUGGCAAACUUUUUCUUAGACAAAACACAGAUAAGAUUCAGAAAAUAAAAAACACCCUAUGUAAUAUCUUAAAAGUUCAAGUAUUAUUAAAAAAAUACAAAAAUAUUUCUAAUAGUAUAUUUCCGUAGUAAAAAAAAUGUUUUAACAUAUAAGCACAUUUAAAAAAUUAAGUAAAUGCGACACUAUAGCCCUAUAGCCGACAUAGAAACUGGAAAUUGUUGAUUCAGAACACUUUAGCAAAUAUGUACAUAAACAAAAAAGGAUUCACCAUUCUAUAAUAUUUACAAGACAUUAAUUAAACAAUUAUCUACCGAAAGCCUCUUACUAAAUAAAAAAGGGUUUAAACUAAA